GGCGCUGCUGCGGCCCGGCCCGGCCCGGCCCGUGCGGCCUCUCCCGCGCUGCCCGGCGCGGCCCCGGGGACAUGGUGCGGGAUGGAGCGACCCGCCGACACCUUCCCGCUGCACCGCCUCGUCUGGCACAACCGGCACCAGGCGCUGGACAGCGCCCUGCGCGCCGGAACGCACGACGUGGAGCUGACGGACCCCCGCGGGAGGACCCCGCUGGAGCUGGCCGUGUCCCUGGGCCACCUGGAGUCCGCGCGGGUGCUGCUGCGGCACAACGCCAACGUGAGCCGGGAGAACGCCAGCGGCUGGACGGUGCUGCAGGAAGCCGUGAGCACGGGUGACCCCGAGAUGGUGCAGCUGGUGCUCCAGUACCGCGACUACCAGCGGGCGACGCGGCGGCUCGCCGGCAUCCCCGAGCUGCUCAGCAAACUGCGCCGGGCAUCCGACUUCUACGUGGAGAUGAAGUGGGAGUUCACCAGCUGGGUGCCACUGGUGUCCAAGGUGUGCCCCAGCGACGUGUACCGCGUGUGGAAGCGGGGCGAGAGCCUGCGGGUUGACACCACGCUGCUGGGCUUCGAGCACAUGACGUGGCAGCGCGGCCGCCGCAGCUACAUCUUCAAAGGGGAAGAGGAGGGGGCGGUGGUGAUGGAGGUGGACCACGACAAGCAGGUCGUUUACACCGAGACGCUGGCGCUGGCCCUGCACGAGCCCGAGCUGCUGCUGGCGGCCAUGCAGCCCUCCGAGGAGCACGUGGCCGGCCGCCUCACCUCCCCCAUCGUCUCCACGCACCUCGACACCCGCAACAUCGCCUUCGAGAGGAACAAGUCGGGGAUCUGGGGCUGGCGCUCGGAGAAGAUGGAGGUGGUCAGCGGCUACGAGGCCAAGGUGUACAGCGCCAGUAACGUGGAGCUGGUGACCAAAACGCGGACGGAGCAUCUCUCCGACCAGGACAAGUCGCGCAGCAAAGGCUCCAAGACCCCCUUCCACUCCUUCCUGGGCAUCGCACAGCAGCACAGCACCCACAACGGGGCACCUGUGCUGCAGGCUGCCAGCCCCACCAACCCCACAGCCAUCACCCCUGAGGAGUAUUUCGACCCCCACUUUGACCUGGAGACCCGCAACAUCGGGCGCCCCAUCGAGAUGUCCAGUAAGGUGCAGAGGUUCAAGGCGACGCUGUGGCUGUGCGAGCAGCACCCGCUGUCGCUGGCGGAGCAGGUGACGCCCAUCAUCGACCUCAUGGCCAUCUCCAACGCCCACUUCGCCAAGCUGCGCGACUUCAUCACCCUCAAGCUGCCGCCGGGCUUCCCGGUCAAGAUCGAGAUCCCCCUUUUCCACGUGCUCAACGCCCGCAUCACCUUCAGCAACCUCUGCGGGUGCGACCAGCCGCUGGGCUCCGUGCGGGUGGGAGCCCCCCCGCAGCCCCCCGGCACCCACCCGCCCGGCCCCAGAGGCUGGCCCUUCCCGUGCGAGGUGGAGCCGGGGGUGUUCGAGGUGCCGGCGGGGUACACGGUGCUGGGCGCGGGACGCAGCGAGCCCCUGCGGGACGAGGACGACGACCUGCUGCAGUUUGCCAUCCAGCAGAGCCUGCUGGACGCCGGCACAGAGACCGACCAGGUGACUAUCUGGGAGGCCCUGACCAACACUCGCCCCGGAGCCGAGCCCCCCCCUUACGACGAGGAGCUGCAGCUGGAGCGGGCUCUGCAGGAGAGCAUGCUGUUGCAGGCCGGCCCCAGCGCCCACUCCCCCCCGGCUGCACAGACGCCCCCCGGAGCGGGCGGAGGCGACGGGGACCCCCCGGCCCCCCCCGGCUACGGCAGCAGCUUCGCGGAGCAGCUGCGCUUGGCCAUGGCGCUGUCGGAGCGCGAGCAGGAGGAGCGGGAGCGGCGUCGGCGCCAGGAGGAUGAGGAGCUGCAGCGCAUCCUGCGCCUCUCCCUCACCGACAAGUAGAGGGGGACGGGACACCCCGGACGGGGGGGGUACAUGUGGGGACAUCCCGUGUGGAGAUACCCCGUAAAGGGACGUGGCGUGUGGGGACACCCCUCAUGGGGACAGGGACAUCCCACGUGGAGAUGGAGACAUCCCAUGCAGGAAGGUCACAUGUGUGGGGACACCUCGCAUGGGGAUGUCACACAUGGAGUUACCCAUCGUGGGGACAAGGAUAUCUCGUGUGGAAGCACCCCACAUGAGAAUGUCACUUGUGGGGCAAGGGUAUCCCACAUGGAGACACCAGAGGACACCCCACAUGGAUAUCACACGUGGGGACACUGCACAGGAUGAGGAUGUUGCACGUGGGGACACUCUGUGUGAGGGAUGUCACGUGUGGGGACAAGGACAUCGAGUGUGAAGACACCCCCUACGAGGAUGUCACAUGUGGGGACACCUCGCAUGGGGACAAGGACAUCCCACAUGGAGACAUCUCAUACAGGAAGGUCACAUGUGGGGACACCCUACAUGAGGAUGUCACACGUGGGGACACCCUGCACAGGACAAGGAUAUUGUAUGUGGGGACACCCCAUGUGGGUGGGACACCCCACGUGGAGACAGCUCAUAGUGGGAUGUCACACGUGGGGACAUGCUGCACAGAAUGGGAGCGUUGACCAUGAGGCCACUCCCUACAGGAAUGUCUCAUGUGGGGACAGCCAGCACAGGGAUGGGGACAUCCCAUGAGGAGACACCCCACGUGGGGACAGGGACGUGUCACACAGGGACACCCCACCCAGGGACCCACUGUGGGCACUGUCCCAACACAGGGACACUCCAAGUCGGGUACAGCCCUGCCUGGGGACCAGCCAGUGAUGGGGUGGCACCCCCAUAUCAGGGACACCCCCCACACAGGGAGGAACUGAUCCAGGGAUCCCCCUGCCCCUGGGACCCCCAAUCCAGGGAUCUCCCCCCUGCCAGGUUUGAACAUUGGCCCAGAGACCCUGAUGUGGGGACCCCCAUCCCAGGGACACCCCCUCCAGCCCCAGGAUCCCUACCCCAGAGAUCCCCCCCCCUCCUCCUCUUCGACCCCAUGGUGGGGGGGGGCAGGAUGGACACGGGAGGUCCCCGUGGGACGUGGCUGACCCCUAUUUGAAGACACCCCGCUGUCGGGGGGCUGUGGGGACCCCCGGGCCUCGUCCAUCGGUGGCAGUGGGGGGCCUGGCUGUAUGUACAUAUACAUAUACAUAUAUAUAUAUAAA